GAUGCAACAAACGCAUUCCGUCUGAAAAGUAACGGCUUACUAUAACUGCAGUAAUUGUCAAAGCGCAUUUCCGAAUACAGACUCUGCUCAGCUCUACUAUUCUCGACCUUAUUUGACGCUCAAGUGCUGUGGUGUAAGAGGCAUAUACUCGACUUGUCGCAGCGGCAGCAUCUCCUACAAGUCCUCCGAACAUGGCUGAGGCUUCCCGAGGAAUAGACAUGUCGGCUUCGACUAUCAGCAACACUUCACUGAUAACACAGACCCGUCGGCGGGCGCGAGCUCUUUCGUUUCCUCUGGUUCCUGUCGACCUCUAUCAGUCGGCUUAUUCUUAUGCAUCGUCAACCUCUAUCAACUCAUAUCACUACUCCAACGGCAACUCACCGGCGCGAGCGGACUCGGCAUCUUCAAUAUACUCGUUUGGCAGCGGAAAUUUGCACUGGCGGUAUCCAAGCGCCAACAGUGGAUUAGCUGGGUCGUCGAUAAUGGGCAGCAGAGAGUCAUUUUCUGACGACAACGACGGCAGCUACGAUGACGACGACACCAGCUCUACUUCUUCGUAUGCUGGAUCAGACGCUGAUACCGAUCCCGACGAAGACGUAUCCAGUGAAGAAGAAAAUGGCCAAUCCAGUAAUAGCGAAAGUGAGGAUGACUCCGACGACGGGAACUUCGAUCCAUCAGCCUAUGUGUCGGAUAAGAUUUUACAAGCAUUUGAUGCAAUGCUGCUUGAUCGAGCAGUUGUUGUGCAGGCACAAAGUUCUGGUCUUCUGAACUCGAAGUCCAGGGAGUUGCAGCAGAUGCAGGAACUCUCUACAAAGCGAAUCUACGAAACUCGAGCGUCAUUUGUGGAGGGACUGCGCACGCUUCGCGAGGUUCAGAAGGAUCUGAAAUGGGUUCAGCGACAUGUGGAUUCACUCAAGAAGAAAGUGUCGUCAAAGUACCCAGCGGAGUACAGCAAAGCUAGAGAACUGAUCCCGGAGAUUAUUGAGCCAGAGGACGAUUAAACGUCUCGCUUAAGAUGAUUGGUUUCCAGUUUGUUGUAAUGUAUUAUACUUGUAUGUGUUAUUGGCAGGCGUUUGUGCAUGGGAUUAUUUGCUAAAGGUGGACUAUUAAGUCAUCAUUAUAAAAAUCA